GACAUUUAGAAGUGGAAACAAAUUUUUAACAUUCCAAUCCAACCAAAUAUAAUAAUAAAUUCCAUGUAUUUUUGUCUGUAAACGCUCAGUUCUCGACGAGAAAGAGUUUCGGAAAGACCUUCUACAUCAUAGUUCAUUAAAAUCAAAGAAACGUUCACAUUGUGUGUAAAUAUGGCAUAUAUGGAUUCACUCCCUGACGAAGUAUUAGAAUUUAUUCUCUCCCUAAUACCACCCUAUAACGAUCUCCACGAUUGUAUGAGGGUCAGCAAAAGGUGGAGAAGAUGUGUCCUAAAUGUGGUCAAGCAGAAGCAAAGAAAUCUGUACAGGGCAAUUUGUGAGUUUGAUGUAAGGUGGGAACGUUUAACACCUGCCGAAAUGGCUCCCACUAUAUCUAAAAGAUAUUCACAUACAGCAGUCGUCCAUGAUAAUUCUAUGUUUGUUUUUGGCGGUUGUACUUGUGCAAUGACAACAUUCAACGACCUCUGGCGCUUAGAUUUAUCCAAACGAAGAUGGAUCCGACCCCUGGCUACCGGCACCUACCCCUCGCCGAAAGCUUGCAGCUCAAUGAUUCGCCACAAAGACAUGCUCAUUCUGUUCGGCGGCUGGGCCUAUCCCCCUUCUUACCCCUUGUACCAGAGCUGGCAUUUAUUCAACGAACUCCACAUCUACGACAUCAAGGCGAACCGUUGGAAUUCGGUAACGUCAUUGAAUACUCCUCCACCAAUAGCAGGACAUUCGGCGUCUAUUUUAGGAGAUUGGAUGGUUGUGUUUGGUGGUCUACAGAAGCCUUGCAAUGCUGUACAUUGUGAAAAGUCGAACGAUGUAUGGAGGGUGAAUUUGAAUACAUGGAAUUGGCAUAAACAGCAAGUUGAGAGUGGACCGAAACCAAACGGUAGAUUCGGGCAGACACAAGUGAUUAUAGAUGAUGAAAAUUUACUGAUCCUGGGAGGCUCCGGUGGACCAGCGAUCCAACAUUACGACUGUUGGAUAUUGAAUAUGACGGGAGAUGUGUGGAAAUGGAAGAAAGUCGAGAUCUUAGGCAAAAAUAAUGAACCCAACAAUAUAUGGAGCAACCCAGGAUGUAAGAUUGGUGAUAAAAUAGUAGUUUUAAAUAGAAUAAAGGAGUCAGACAAAUGCCAUAUAGCAUAUUAUCCUAAGACUACAUGGAACUUGGACAGCAGAACCGCUCCAGAAGAUAGUCGGUUGUCUAGGAUUGACUUGGCCAAUAGGGCCACCGAUAGGGACGAAAACGUCAAUGGAAGGAGAGGAACGUUGAGGAAUCAGAAGAGAGAAGUCGAAGAUAGUGAUAAUAACGUUGCAAGCACUAGCAGCAAGUUAAGGAUACAAAGUCGGCCGACGACAUCCACCAUCAACUUGACUGCAUUCAACGGUCUAGACUCCCGGCAGCAAUACUCAGAAAUGAUGCGAGAAAAACGCCUAGCUAGUUUACUCAAAGUCGAGGAGAACUUCACGAAAGGCGCCUAUAAAAGAGAGAAGAAGACUCAUUACCUAGGAGUGUACACGUUAGACAUUUCUAAAGUAUUAAACGACCCGCCUACAGCCACUUGGAUACCACCGAAGAACAUUAAAAACGGCCCAGAGGAAACUAUAUUGUAUACUUUGGUGGAAGGCAAAUCGGAGCUUAUUAUGUUCGGAGGUAUACAAAAAGAGGCCAGUUGCAUAGGUUUUUCCCAAAAUAUGAGCAACCAGAUAUCAAACAGCCUGCAUUUCAUCACGGCACCUAGCUACGUUAUUUAAAAACACAUUCGGUACUACCCCGGUAUUCAGUGUGCACAGUGUUGCAAGCUGUGCAGAUUUUGAGACUUUAUCGAUACUCCUAGUGUUCAGCGUUUACAGUUUUACCAAACUUUUAGGGUUGGGAUUCAAAUUGUAGUUUCAAAAAAAUGCUAAAGGUGCACAGUGAGUGAUAUAGGAAUUCUUUUUUAUGAGAAACUUGCUCAAAAUAUAGAUACAAGCCAUAUUAUUUUUAAGGGAUGAGUGAAACAAGUGCAUGAAUCUUACAAUUUGCAAAAUUGUGCUAUUUUUUCACCAUUUGGACCCGAGUCUUCCUGAAGAGCUUCUGUUUUUGUCCAGUACAUUCCUACAAUUUUUUUAAAUCGUCAGAACGACCUAUUUCGGACAUUUCUCCUCUUCUUUUACCUUUUCUUUAUGUAUUAUGCAUUUCCACCACUUGCUCAGUUUUCUUUUCAUCCGAUAAUUCAACUUUUUUUUAUAUCCGGCUCGAGAGACCAAUGUGUCAAUUACAGAUGUUGACCUAAGAUUUUAAAUUGAAAUGCAAGUGACCGAUGGACGGCAAAAUUCCUCGUUUAGCAAAAAAUACAAAAGCUUACGAAUUCCAAGCUUCAUCCUCUACCUUGCAUCUAGUACUUUUAUUAUUUAUAGUGUUUUGAAGGCGUCUUCCAAUGAUGUAAACAAUUCUGGUUCUGUAACAUCCUAGUUAUCUAGUUUUUAUGUAUAUUUAAGUCCAAACUGUAUUCUCUCUUCUAUUUCAGUCUUCUUUUGCUUCUGAAUGGUUAUAGCGUCCCAACAUAUGAUUCUAAAUUGGUAUUCCACUUCAAUCUGUCUUUUCCACCCUUUUGUGACUUGUUUCUUGCAAUUUACACAUUUUUAUUUGCAAUUAUUAUUAAUAAUAUUACUAUUUAAAUACAAAUACCUGCACACAAAUAAAUACUGUAUUAUAUUG